AUGGAAAUUCAAGAGAAAUUUAUUCCUAUAAAAUAUGGUAAAUUAUUUAUUUUUAUUAUAGAAUUAAGAGUUAGGUUAAUGACACUACGAAGUGGUCCUCCAGGACCAAAGGGCAUCAAUGGUUUACCCGGCCCUCCAGGAUAUCCUGGUCUUUCUGGUGCUCCAGGCUUGCCCGGAGAAAAGGGUGACCCUGGUUUACCAGGACUUCCUGGAGCUCCUGGUUUACGAGGAUCUCCUGGCGUUGCUGGUAUUCCAGGACCAAGGGGCGGCUAG